AGUCCACAGUGGGCAAACGAAAGACCAACACGUCUCUAGGAAAACCUCAAGCCUUCUCAUCAACCCCCGGAGCUUAAAAGGGCGACACAAGUUUCCAAUUCAAACCCAAACUCUGUAUUAUCCCUUCUCCACGUACGGGUUCACAAAUGCCUAUAAAGGGAUAAUCUUUGCCUGUUCAAAUGAGAGGCUAUUUCCUUUUCCAUUUCAAUGGCUCUUGUAACCAGAAUUCCUUCUCUUUCUGCAUCUUGUUCUGCUUCCUCUUCAACUACGAAAACCCAAUCAAGAAAAUCCAAUUCUUUUAGGUUCCCACCAGUUUUCUGUAUUAACUGUUCAUUACAUUCACAAGAAAGUUCGCCUUUUAUUGAAAAGCACUCUGUUGAGAGGUACGAAAGCGAUAGCUGGCUGUACGAGUACCAGAUACAUAAUCCCUCAUCUUCCUCUUGCCCAGUUCCUCCUGAUCUAGAAUCCAUCAGAGAUUAUGAUAUAGCAUUGCAGCUCCCGGAGCUAAGGAAAUUGCUCGAAGUUUUGAGAGAGAAGAGAGAAAAUGAAAAUAGGGCUCAGAGAAGCGGCCCUGGAAAUGUGUUCUUGGUGGGGACAGGGCCUGGGGACCCUGAGUUACUGGCAGUGAAGGCAUUGAGGGUGAUACAGAGCGCUGAUCUAUUGUUGUAUGAUAGAUUGGUGUCUAAUGAUGUGUUGAAUUUGGUGGGUCUGAAUGCUAAGUUUCUAUAUGUUGGCAAAACUGCUGGGAACCAUAGCAGAACCCAGGAGGAAAUUCAUGAAUUGCUUUUGAGCUUUGCUGAAGCUGGGGCGAAUGUAGUGAGGCUGAAAGGCGGGGAUCCAUUUGUAUUUGGAAGGGGUGGAGAGGAGAUGGACUUUCUGCAACAGCAAGGAAUUGAAGUUAAAGUCGUUCCAGGUAUAACAGCUGCUUCUGGAAUAGCUGCAGAACUGGGGAUUCCAUUGACGCACCGUGGUGUUGCAAAUAGUGUUAGGUUUCUCACUGGCCACUCUAGAAAUGGUGGGACAGAUCCUCUAUUUGUAGCGGAGAGUACAGCAGAUCCUGAUUCCACUCUGGUCGUUUAUAUGGGCUUGUCAACUCUCCCCUCCCUUGCGUCAAAAUUGAUGCAUCAUGGAUUGCCACAAGAUACAGCAGCAGUGGCUGUUGAACGAGGAACAACUCCUCAACAACGCAUGGUGUUUGCUGAACUGAAAGACCUUGCUGAUGAAAUCGCAUUAAAUCAGCUGAUAUCUCCGACUCUGAUCAUCGUUGGGAGAGUCGUUGCUUUGUCUCCCUUAUGGCCCCAUGUGAAGAAAGAGACUUCUGUUCUUAUGGAGGCCAAUUAGUCCGUUGGUUCAUGGCAACUCGGCCGUUACAUUUGUAUGUUUGAUCUUUGGCCUUUAUAGACAUUUAUGUUGGAGCAAAUCUUGUUGACUGGUUGAGAAGGGUAUUCAACGUAGUGGAGUUGCUGGCGCUUGAGGAUCUGUGCCAGAUUUGGAUCAAGAAUGGUGUUUCUCCAUAGAUGGAUUGAGUCCAGUGUGAAUGUUUUAAUUUAUGGCAGUGCCAAGAGAAUCUCAAGUGAUGAUUGGCUGGUACUUUCGGAAUUUGAAGAAUUUAUCACAUCUUUGACUGUCAGCUGAAAAUUGCCAAAUUUUUCGAAGGAUACUGUGCUCUCCCAGGGCUGAUGGCUUGAAAUUUGCAUAUUGGUUCAUCUUGGUUGCCAAAUUUUGUCAAAAUAAUGUAAUUUUUGUUAUUAUUAUAGGAAUAGAUGCAAGAAGAUUUUGUGCAAUUGAGUCUGCUUCUUGUUACCUUGAUCCUAGUUCAAUCUAAUUCUUUCAAUAAUUUGUUUUGAUUCUCUUGUGCUCAAUCAUGGAUUUGUAGUUGUUUGGACCGUAUUCUCGCAAAUGCUGCUUUGCAGUCAUUCAACUGAUGUUGGACAUUGUUGAAAUUAAGAGUGCUUAUUUAUCGCUUA